AAUAAUAAUAAUAAUAAUAAUAAUAAUAAUAAUAAUAAUAAUAAUAAUAAUAAUAAUAAUAAUAAUAAUAAUAAUAAUAAUAAUAAUAAUAAUAAUAAUAAUAAUAAUAAUAAUAAUAAUAAUAAUAAUAAUAAUAAUAAUAAUAAUAAUAAUAAUAAUAAUAAUAAUAAUAAUAAUAAUAAUAAUAAUAAUAAUAAUAAUAAUAAUAAUAAUAAUAAUAAUAAUAAUAAUAAUAAUAAUAAUAAUAAUAAUAAUAAUAAUAAUAAUAAUAAUAAUAAUAAUAAUAAUAAUAAUAAUAAUAAUAAUAAUAAUAAUAAUAAUAAUAAUAAUAAUAAUAAUAAUAAUAAUAAUAAUAAUAAUAAUAAUAAUAAUAAUAAUAAUAAUAAUAAUAAUAAUAAUAAUAAUAAUAAUAAUAAUAAUAAUAAUAAUAAUAAUAAUAAUAAUAAUAAUAAUAAUAAUAAUAAUAAUAAUAAUAAUAAUAAUAAUAAUAAUAAUAAUAAUAAUAAUAAUAAUAAUAAUAAUAAUAAUAAUAAUAAUAAUAAUAAUAAUAAUAAUAAUAAUAAUAAUAAUAAUAAUAAUAAUAAUAAUAAUAAUAAUAAUAAUAAUAAUAAUAAUAAUAAUAAUAAUAAUAAUAAUAAUAAUAAUAAUAAUAAUAAUAAUAAUAAUAAUAAUAAUAAUAAUAAUAAUAAUAAU